UUCCUUGGCUGUUACUUUUCUUCUCUAGAUUGUCAAACAUUUUUACAUGUCACUUACCCACAGAAGUUACCAGUCAAUCUAACGGAAGAUGAGAAUCCAGAAGAUACGGACUCAUUGUCCUAUAGUAUUGCUAUAGAAAAGAAGAUAUACACAGUGCAUCUGAAGCGACAAGCUUUUUUGCCUGAUGACUUCAUGGUUUAUACAUAUAAGAAAGGGGGUUUUGUGCAUCCUGUUUACCCUCAUAUUCAGAGUGAUUGCUUCUAUCAAGGAUAUAUCCAAGGGUUUCCCAAAUCUCUUGCAAUAUUCAGCACCUGUUCUGGGCUCAGAGGGCUGCUGCAGUUUGAGAACAUCAGCUAUGGAAUUGAAUAUAUGGAGUCUUCCACUCAGUUUGAACACCUUGUUUUUCAAAUAAAUAACAAAGAUCUCAAGGGUUCAGUGUUGUUAGAUGAUGUCCUAUCUAUAACAAGCGAAGAGGAUAAUAGAGACAUCUCUCAUAAGCUGCUUUCAGAUAAUGUACUACUGCAAGAUGUCACUGGAUUUCAUAGAUAUGUGGAAAUGUAUGUCGUUUUGGACAAGAGUUUGUACAACUAUUUGGGUGGAAUGGAAGAUGUCGUAACCCAGAAAGUAGCUCAGCUCAUUGGCAUUCUCAACAGCAUAUUUACCAGGCUUAAUAUAACAAUUGUUCUGUCUUCCUUGGAGUUCUGGACAGAUCAUAAUAAAAUCUCUACUUCAGGAGAGGUGGAUGUAUUAUUGCAAAGGUUUUUAAGGUGGAAAAAUGCAUACCUUGUUCUACGGCCACAUGAUAUAGCGUUUUUAUUUGCUUACAGGGAGAAGCCUAGCUAUGUAGGUUCAACGUUCUCAGGAAAGCUGUGCCUGCGGAACUAUGAUGCAGGAGUUGCUCUGUACCAAAAGUUUGUAAACUUGGAGAUAUUUUCAGUUAUUGUGACACAACUUCUUGGCCUGGGCCUGGGGAUGAACUAUGAUGAUAACAAGAACUGCGAGUGUCCAGGAAACAUCUGCAUUAUGAACACUGAAGCAGUACAUUCAAAUGGAAUUAAAGUCUUCAGUAGCUGCAGCAUUGAAGACUUUCAAAAUUUCAUUAAACUCAACGGUGGCCAUUGCCUUUCUAAUAGGCCACAUUUACAACAGUACUAUAAUAAGAGACGUUCAAGGAGCCAUGCAGUUUGUGGGAACCGUAUUAUAGAAGCUGGAGAAAACUGUGAUUGUGGUUUAUCGCAGGCAUGUAAGAAGAGCAAAUGUUGCACCAACAAAUGUAAAUUUAAAGCAGGAGCUGUAUGCAGUACUGAACCAUGCUGCCGAAACUGCAAGUAUAUGCCAAGCAAUGUAGUAUGUAGAAAGGCAAUUGACCGUACUUGUGAUUUCCCAGAGUACUGCAAUGGGAGUUCUGCAUCCUGCCCAGAUGAUGCUUAUGCCCAGAACGGAUACACAUGUGGUGGCAACACUGGUUUCUGUUACUUAGGAGCUUGUCAGUCGGCUGAUCUACGCUGUCGGGAACUCUUUGGUCCAAGUUCAAGAAAUGCUCCGCAUGCAUGUUACGAAGAAAUUAAUCGUCAGGCAGAUAGGUUUGGACACUGUGGGACUGAUCCAUCAGAGGGUUAUAAGACUUGUUCUUUUCAGGAUUUCAGCUGUGGAAAGUUAAUUUGCCUGUAUCCAAGCAAUGUUCCUUUUGUUAAAUUGAAAGUUCCUGUUCUGUAUACUCCAGUGAGAAAUAUUAUUUGUGCAUCUCUGGACAUGAAACAGCCAGAAACUUUGCCAGAUCCUCUGCUAUUAAAAGAUGGUACAAAAUGUGGACCUUCUAAAGUUUGUAUCAAUCAAGUGUGUGAAAACUAUGAAGUCCUGCACUAUGAUUGUAAUCCUAAAGAAAAAUGUUCUGGGCAUGGGAUUUGCAACAACAACAAAAACUGCCAUUGUGAUCCAGGAUGGGCUCCUCCAGAUUGCAAAAUGAAAGGAAGCCGCCUGGGAGGAAGCGUUGACAGUGGCAUCAGCAUUUUGGAACAUGAGAUCACUGGAAGAAGAUUGCCGGUCAAUAUAAAGAUGUGGGUGCUGCUAAGCUUGUUUCUCUUUCUGCCUGUUGUUAUUGGGUCAUCCAUUCUGAUUAUCAAGUGGAAAAGCAACCAUGAUUACAUCUCAGAAGACAGUGACUCACAAGACUAUGAGUAA